GGGCUGGAGCAGUAAAAAGAGAAGAAGGAAAAAAAAGAAGAGCGGGGCCCGGCCGUGAGCGGUGGUGGUGGUGGUGCGCGGGGCUGCGGGGAGGCAUCAGAGGCGGCGGCGGCGAUGGAAGAACUCACGGCGUUCGUCUCCAAGUCUUUCGACCAGAAAGUGAAGGAGAAGAAAGAGGCCAUCACCUACCGGGAGGUGCUGGAGAGCGGGCCGCUGCGAGGGGCCAAGGAUCCGGGCGGCUGCGCGGAGCCCGGCCGCGACGACCCGGCAGUCCGGGCGGCCGGCGGAGGCGGCGGCGGCGGAGGCGGCGGAGGCGGAGGAGGCGGAGGAGGCGGAGGAGGUGCAGGAGGAGGAGGAGGAGGUGGAGGAGGAGGAGGAGGAGGCGGAGGAGCUGGAGGAGGGCGCUCUCCGGCCCUCGAGCUGGACAUGGGCGCCGCCGAGAGGAGCAGGGAGCCGGGCAGCCCGCGGCUCACCGAGGUGUCCCCGGAGCUGAGGGAUCGGAAAGAGGAUGCGAAAGGGAUGGAGGACGAAGGCCAGACCAAGAUCAAGCAGCGGCGAAGUCGGACCAAUUUCACCCUGGAACAGCUCAAUGAGCUGGAGAGGCUUUUCGAUGAGACCCACUACCCUGACGCCUUCAUGCGCGAGGAGCUGAGCCAGCGGCUGGGGCUGUCGGAGGCCCGAGUGCAGGUUUGGUUCCAAAAUCGAAGAGCUAAAUGUAGAAAACAAGAAAAUCAACUCCAUAAAGGCGUCCUCAUAGGGGCUGCCAGCCAGUUUGAAGCUUGUAGAGUUGCACCCUAUGUCAAUGUAGGUGCUCUAAGGAUGCCAUUUCAGCAGGAUAGUCAUUGCAACGUGACGCCCUUGUCCUUUCAGGUUCAGGCGCAGCUGCAGCUGGACAGCGCCGUGGCGCACGCGCACCACCACCUGCACCCGCACCUGGCCGCGCACGCGCCCUACAUGAUGUUCCCGGCGCCGCCCUUCGGACUGCCGCUGGCCACGCUGGCCGCCGACUCGGCCUCCGCCGCCUCCGUCGUGGCCGCCGCCGCCGCCGCCAAGACCACCAGCAAGAACUCCAGCAUCGCGGAUCUCAGACUGAAAGCCAAAAAGCACGCGGCCGCCCUGGGGCUGUGACGCCGCCGCCGCCGCCAGCGCCCCCGGUGGCGCCUGGCGUGCGCCCCCCGCGCGCGCGCCCUCCGCACCCCAAUGCUUCUCCAUCGCACCCCCUCUCCGCACCCCCGGAACCCAGCCUCUUGCCGCCCGCCCGGCUGAUCGCCCCCUUGCCCGCUUCUGCGUUUCGUUUGGACUCGGAGGGCAGGACUCCUCGCGGGACCUGCGAUCCCUCGAGGCGCGUCAACUCGGUGGCUGUGCUGACCACGCGGCUGUCCAGAGGGCCUGGCCUUCAGCUCUGCAGGGCCGGGUUUGGGGGAGUUCUGGAGGAGAGAACUUGGACAAGGGCGUGCUGGGACACCAUGGUGUGGCUUCUGGCAAAGAUGCAGAGAUGGACUCUUGCUCAAAAAUAAAAAUCCUCUUAAUAAUAAUAAAAAAAAUGAACAACAACAACAAAAAAAAAGGGAGAAAAGACAAACGGAAAAAAAAAAGAGAGAAAGGGAACGUGUUUCUGAUGACGAUUGGAAAGAAGCUAACAUCGGAGUGAGAACCAAGGAACACACACACACACACACACACACACACACACACACAAAAUGAAAGUAUUUUGUAUGUUUAAAAAUAUGGAAAAAUCACCUGGAAGAAUCUCGAGAGAAUGGGUGGUUGGGGAGUGGCCAACUUAAAAGUGUAUGCCCGCCCCCACGGGCAAAUAAAGCAACCCAGAUGGAAGAGGUAUACUUAUUUAAAGAGUUAAGAUUUUAAAAAGAAAAAAAAAAAAGGUGCGCAGCUGGGAAGUUCACAGGUUUUGAAAUUGACCUUUUUCUGCGAAGUUCAUUUUAAUUACGAGAACUUUGAUAAGAGAGGCGGGCCUCCUUUUAUGUUGAACCAGAUACUUUGAGUUAAAAAAAAACAAAAAACCACCACAAAUGGAAGAGCAAGAAGAGGGAAAAAGUAUAAAAAUAAGGAGAGAAAGAAAUUGAUAUUAAUACGAAUAAAAAAUGAUACCACAAACUGAUUUCUCUGAGGAAAUUAUGGCAGAACUGUCCAGGCUGUUGGCAGUCAAUUCCGGUUUGCAUGUUACUUUUAUUCCAUUGAUGGUGUCUCCCCCCCUCCCUGCUUACUCACAUGUACUUACUUCAUUUUCAUCUUCAGUAUGAAAAACAAUAACAAAAGCAUCUGGAAACUGAUGUCUAUCUAUAUCUAUCUAUAUAUACUUUCCCUGAUCCUUGGGGACAAAAGAAAAAAAGUUGGAAGGGAAAAACUUGACACUCUGAUUGUCCCAAGAAAACGGAGAUGGGCAGAAAAUGUGGGGAAAGGAAAAAACAAAACAAAAGAAGACCAAAUAAAAAUAACGAAGGUACAGCACCUCAAAUGGUGCCCAUAGGCGGCCCUCAGUGGUCCACCUCCCCUCCCCUUUUCUUGUCUACCCACCUGCUGGUUCCCUGAAGUCCUAUUGGAGGGCUCUGCUUUAUUUUUCCCCUCUCUAUCCUGUCCCACUCACCUUAAGCAAAACCCAGCUAGAUACAGGCACUAGGUUUCUGUAAAAUAUGUUGAUACACACGAACAAAGUUUAUUUUGGCUAUAAUGUGUGAACUGAUGGUUGACUUUCGACAUCUGCAUUUUAUCUCACAAAGGUGUAUAUUAAAGUACUUUUUUGUUUGUUUCAAUUCCUGUAGCUGUUCAAAAUGGGAUACCCUGGACUAAAGCAACCUGUAUCCCAAUUCUCUAGAAAGCCUCCUUAGUUUUGUUUUGUGUGUGUGUUUUUUUUCCCCGCAUUCUUAUUUACAAGAAAGAAGAAAAGCUCUUUUCACUGAACUGGAGUAUGCGGUUGAGCUUUGUAACUAUUUGUUCUCCAUGAAAACAAAAUUAUUUAUAUUUGCCAUAUUUUUUUCUAGUGUAUUAAGUUAUUUUAAACAAAAGAAGAUGCUGUUAUUUCCAUGACGUAUUGUCGGUACAAAAUGUUUUCGGUUUCACCUCUGUUAAAAAAAAACAAAAACCUUUUAAAUAAGUGCCAAGUUAUUCAUUGAAGACACUUUGCGAUCAAUUGAAUGAAAAUAGUAUUGUUUCAUUUGAUGGGGUUCGCGUCAUCUUUGUUCCUGUUGUUAUUAAACUAUCCUAGAUAGUC